AAGCAGGAACUGACUGAGAUUUCUGCCCAGGAGGUGAGAGACGCUCGCUGCCGUGACAGCGGGUGAGGGACUCGACCCGGCGGGGAGGGGCGGACAUUUCCACCGUGAACCGUGCGGACAAACUGCGGAGCGGAGAGCAGGAAUCGCGCAGCAAAGCGGAGCCGCACGAUGGAAAGACCCUGUGGACUUGUAACGGCCAGGAACACUCCAGUUGCUCUGAAGAAGAUCUCGGUGCCAGUGGAGGUGAAGGGGUUUGUGGCCGAUGUGUCUGCAGACCUGGAGUACAGGAAUGAGGAGGCUUCUCCCCUGGAGGCCGUGUUCACAUUCCCUGUGGACAGCGAUUCUGCCGUCUACAUCUUCCAAGCGACGGUGGACGGGAAGACGAUCGUCGCCGAGAUAAAGGAACGGGAACAGGCUCAGGACGCCUACGACGAUGCCAUCUCCUCCGGCCAGGAGGCCUUCCUGCUCCAGGAGGACAGCAGUAGCAGUGACGUCUUCACCUGCAGGGUGGGCAACCUGCCCCUAGGCUGUGCGGCCACCGUCUCCUUCAGCCUGGCCCAGGAACUGCCCAUCGAGGCUGAUGGUGCCUUCCGCUUCACUCUGCCCGCUGUCCUAAACCCCCGGUACUCCCCUGCAGAAUUGCGCAGGAAGGGGUUACUCGCACAAACCCCACCUCUGGACUUCGCACUCCACCGAACUCAGCCCGGUGACUGGGUCCUGAUUAAGACUUGGAAGCCAGAGAAGUUACAGCCGCAGUGAGAAGGCCCAUUCCAGGUGCUACUGACCACCGAAGCCGCAGUAAGGACAAAAGAAAAAGGGUGGACCCACGCCGCGAGAAUCAAGGGACCCGUAAAGCCCGAAGAAGGUGCAGAAUGGACUUGCGUCCAGGGAGAAGACCCGAUGGUGCUAAAGCUCAAAAGACAGACAGAAUGAACUUUGGGACUGUAAUGUAUAUACUGCUAUUGUUGAGAAGCGCUGAAGGGGGAUUUGAUAAGUGCAGGACGACGGUAAGGGUGGGCAUGACGGUUUUUCCAGGGUCCUUUGUGUCACACUCGCAUGUAAACGAGAAAUGUUAUGACUACAACAAAAAGGAGGAGUAUGUGGAAAGUUUAAUCUAACCAACUGCUGCUUAAAGAUAGAUGACAACGGAAAGGUUGUUCAAAAAAUAUCAGAUAAAAUAAGGAAACUGGCCCACGUGCCGGUACAGACCUGGAAGCUGCUGGGGUAUUGGGACUGGCUGGACGGAUGGUUGAAAGGAGGCUGGUGGCUAACCGCUUUAGGGGUUAUAGGAGGGGGAUUGAUGGUCCUCCUUCUGCUACCAUGUCUGAUCCCCUGCUUGCGGGAGCUAGUAGCUCGGGUGGCAAGACAAGUCAUGCAACCAGGGGCCCCGGCUGAUCCUGUUCAGGUACUCCUACAAAAGGAAAUAGAGCUAGAGGAAGAAGCCUAUGUAAACCCGUGGCAAAAGCCCAACUGAUAGCACAUUCUAAAAAGAAAAAGGGUGGAUUGAGAGAAAUGAUUCUUAAGGAGUCCAUUUAGAAUGUGCUGACACAGAAAGAACGUGCAAAGCAACUUGCAGGGCAACGUAUAAACCAAUUUGCAAAAUCAGGAUGAAACAAUAGCUUGCUGAUUAAAGAAGCGAUACGGGUAACGGGAAGACAUGCUUAACGGUUGAACAAUAACGGUGUUAAUGCGCUGAGGCUGAUAAGUGGGCCAAAGGGGUAAUCACAUUUGUAAUUUUGUAAUGAGAUUAAAGAAGAAUGUAGGGUAUAAAAAACUGUGCAAAGUGUAAUUCGGCACUCAAUCUAGCAGGAGCUGGUUGGGUCCGACUCUGCAGACUCGAAAAAUAAAGUUUACCGUUCUGCAAAUUGCUGAGACUCAGUGUGUUUCUGACAUUGAUAAAGGGCACAAAAAGAAGAUUAAUGCUAACAUACAGAUAAUAUACGUGGUCAAUACUAAAUCUCAGCGCGGGAAUAAUAAUAACCGAUAAGAAAUAACUCUAUCGUUGUCUCGGGGUUACUGUAUUGUCCGAUGGAGAGAUAAGUCACUAUCAGUUCGAUCACGCUGCAGCGUUGUUGGGUUUAAAAGUGAUGCGGUUUAAACUUGCCCAGGUCUUUUACGAUGCCAAUCCGUUGACAGGGGAGCGGGUUUCCCCGUUGUUGGCUAAAAAGCCGUUUUCCGUGGUUUCAGCCACCAAUUCCAGCCACGGAAUUGAACGCACGUCGCUUGGUGUCCGAUGACCGACUGCUGUUACGUGGUCGCUUAACGUUUCUUCUGGUGCGUCUGAGGGGUUGUUCCUACAGCCCCUCUUUUAUUCUGCCUCGCAGGGUCAUAGAUGUCAAUCAGGUUGGGGGGUGAUGGAAUCUCUCCCUCAACCAGCCCGCUUUGCCCGAGGGCAUUCACGUAGCAGAGCAUCUCAAUCCACAAAUCUGUCUCCCCAUGUCCGGUAGCUUUACAUCGCUAUGGGGGGGGGGGGGGGGAGAGAGAAACGUGACAUCCUGCACGUCUCCCCCUCAUGUCUUGGGCAACCCAUGUCUGAGUCAACCCAACAGUGAUCUGGCGAUUCUCCCAAAGGAGGGGGCUACGGACGUAAAAAAGGCUGCUUGCAUUUACCUUGUCUGGGCACUUCAUAAUAUUAUAUACCUCUACCAAAUCUCCCCUCAAUCUUCUACUUUCAAAGGAAUAAAGUCCUAACUUGUCCAAUCUUUCCUCAUAACUCCGGUCCUCCAGACCUGGCAGCAACCUUGUAAAUUUUCUCUGUCCUCUUUCAACCUUGUUUACAUCUUUUCUGUAGGUCGGUGACCAAAACUGUGAGUUUACAGUAGUUUUAUAUCUUUGCCCUGUACUGCCACACAAAAUGACAAAUUUCAGAUUAUUAAAGUUUGUGAUAAUAAACCGGAUUGCGAAUGUUGGGCCGAAGGGCCUCACUCGCUGCUCUGACGUAUCCGACUCCGCCCCGUGAACAGCUGACCUGGACGCGCACGACUCCGCCUCGUGAACGGCUGACCUGGUCGCGCACGACUCCGCCUCGUGAA